AUGGAAGACUAUAUAUAUGCCAUAUUCGCCCUUGUUGUGGCUUCAGUUGCGGCAAAGGGAUCUGGCCCAUACUUACCGAGUGGGUGGAGACCAGAAGGUCCAGCUUUCUAUCUACCUUCAGAGAUUGAGAAGUCUAAAGAAAGUCCAAUUAAGGAGGCUGUAAUCCAAGAGUCCGAAGCGUCAGGUUCGGAUUCUUUCCAAGAGUAUGGUCCACCAAAGGUUCAAGAAGUGUCCCAAGACCUUUCCAAUCAAGGUUUGCCAGAUGCAGAUAUAGAACAAACCUUCGCAGCGGUCAAUUUGAAGGUUGAACAAAACGAAGGAAAAGAAGUUGUUGUAACAGAAGCUCAACCUGAAGUUACUGAAGAGGUUGAAGGCAAGGUAAACGAGGAAUCAAUUUCAGAACAAAUAGUACCAACUACAGAAACGUUAGCUCUCGUUGAAAGUACAACUACAAACGCUGAAUCUGAAAUUAUAACUGAAGCCCAGCCAGCUGUUGAGGUAGUAACAACUCAAGUUACAGAUGAAACUAGUGCAACUGUCAUCAAAACUGAAUCAAAAAUCACACAAGGAGAGGAAGCAAGCAGUGGUACUGAACAACAGGAGUCAGUUAAUCAGCUACAACAGAAAUCUGUGGAGGUAACUCAGCAAGAAAAUGAGAACGCUAAUAGUGAAAUUGUAUCCACUUUUGAACAGAGGGUACAAGAAGAAGAAAUACAAACUAUAGCAAAAGAAGUAGAAAAAAUUGAAACCGAAGAGAAACAAGUAGAAACAGAGGUGGAGAAAGUGGAAACUCAAGUGCAAAACUUCGAGACAGAAUUCGAAGCAGUGGAGCAAGAAGUACAAAAUAUUCCUGAGUUGUUGAUUAACUUAGAUAACGAAAUCAAAAAGCAACAGGUCGAUUUACAAGAAGAAGAAAUACAAACUAAAGCAAAAGAAGCAGAAAAAGUUGAAACCGAAGAGAAACAAGUAGAAACAGAGAUGCAGAAAGUGGAAAUUCAAGUGCAGAACUUCGAGACAGAAUUCAAAGUAGUGAAGCAAGAACUCCAAAAUAUUCCUGAGUUGUUGAUUAACUUAGAUAACGAAAUCAAAAAGCAACAGAUCGAUUUACAAGAAGAAGAAAUACAAACUAAAGCAAAAGAAGCAGAAAAAGUUGAAACCGAAGAGAAAAAAGUAGAAACUGAGAUGCAGAAAGUGGAAACUCAAGUGCAGAACUUCGAGACAGAAUUCGAAGCUGUAGAGCAAGAAGUCCAAAAUAUUCCUGAGUUGUUGAUUAACUUAGAUAACGAAAUCAAAAAGCAACAGGCCGAAAACAUUCAAGAAAAAGCAGACACGAAAGUUACUCUAGAAACCUUUGGGUCUCUUGAGCAAGCUCCUGAAGGCUUCUUGGAAUAUGGUCCUCCAGGUUUCAAGGAGUACGGACCUCCAAAGGAUGAACUCAGUUCUACAGCCGAGAAUAGAAAAAAAAGGCAAUCAGAAGUAGAAAAGAAACUGUCCUAUUUAUUCUGCCUCGGGCUUUAA